AUGGACUACAAAGCCGGACUUCUGGUGUUCACUCUCCUGGUUGGGUGCUUCGCCCUUCCAACGCCCGAAGAUGACAUGUCCAUCUUCUUCGACCACACCGACGCCAACGCUCGUAUCGUCGGUGGUACCCAGGCGGCGACAGGUAGCCACCCUCACAUGGUGGCUCUGUCCUCUGGAGUGUUGGUGAGAAGCUUCCUCUGCGGAGGUUCUCUGAUCUCCCAGCGCACCGUCCUUACUGCUGCUCACUGCAUUGCUGCCGUCUUCAGUGGCAACUCUCUCGCUAACUCUCUUCGUGCGACUGUUGGCACCAACCGCUGGAACAGCGGCGGUACUGCCUACACUCUGGCCCGUAACGUGACCCACCCCAACUACGUGUCUGCUACCAUCAAGAACGACAUCGGUGUCCUCAUCACCUCCUCCAACGUGGCUCUCAACAACCUGGUACAGAUCGUGCCCGUCACCUACAACUUCAUCGGCCAGGGAGUCCAAUCUAGAGUUGCUGGAUGGGGCAGAAUCAGGUCUGGCGGUGCCUUGUCUGCCACUCUCUUGGAGCUGACUCUCAACACCAUCGAAGGUAACGACUGUGUCAACCGCGUGGCUCGUGCCUCCGCCGAAUUCAAUGUCCGUGCUCCUCCAGUUGAGCCUCAUAUUGAGGUCUGCACUCUUCACUCCGCUGGAUUCGGUACUUGCAACGGUGACUCUGGUAGUGCUCUGCGUCGUGUUGACAACGGCCAGCAGUUCGGUAUCGUGUCCUGGGGCUUCCCAUGUGCUCGUGGUGCUCCUGACAUGUUCGUCAGAAUCAGCGCUUACCAGAACUGGCUCAGAUCUGUCAUCGUCUAA